AUGCAGGAAGCGCAAGAGGCUGGUGGGAAUUUUGACGAUGAAGAUCCUACUACGAAAGCAUGGUUGGAUUGCUUGAGAGAAUCAGGUAUAGAUCCAGUGCAACUUCAGAAAAUGGAAAAGCAGCAAAUACCUGAUGAUACGCGGGAAACAAGGAAACUGAUGUGCUGUGUAAUGAAGAGGAAAGGCGUAUUCAAUGAGAGAGGCGAAGUCAAGGCUGACGUUUGCGAAAUUAUCAUAACCGAUUUAAAGAAUCGUAUGGAGAGUUUAGGCCGUAAAGCUGAAGGACUAAAAAGUUGCUGCAAACCAGAUGGUGCGGAUUGUGGCAAGAAGGCACUGAACAUGCUAAAAUGCUUCAUAGACGAGGCACAGGAAUGAAAAAACGCUAAUUUGGCCACCCAGAGAAGUUACUUCAGGGCAAAUUUCUUCAAUAUGGUAUUCUUCAGUUCACAUUUCUUCUGUUGCGAACGUUUAUUAUGUUCAGCUUUGUAAGUGGGACUAUUGUUGACUUGAACAACUUACCUCGAACGGUGUUAGUGGUGAGUAUUAGCUAGCAAGUUUAGGAUUCCAGAGUUGUCAAGAGUGCAAAUGAGAGAGAAGUGAACUGCGAUGACGUUCUUCAGGAUAAGGUCAACUCGGAUCACGCGUGCAUCCUGCUGUACGAAGAAGUUGGAGAUAUGGCUAGAGUGGAAAACCCAAAACCACUGCAAACGCCGUAUCCACAUCCAGUGGCGGCCGCAAACUCAUGUCCGAUUACCUUGUUUACUGCGGAAGGGAGCUGCCUGGUUCACGCCGUGGCGACUCACACGACGCGCAUCAGUCGCGAAUUCGCUGCACUGACCAUGGGCACCGUCGCGUCGAACGCCCCGCAGCACAGGCUGACGCUGGCGCUGGCGCUGAUGUCGCUUUCGCUUCAGCCGCCACUCGC